ACCAGAAAAUCGAGGGUUUUUACUUGGAAGAAAGAAAAAUUAAUUUGGUUUUGCUGAAAAGAAAAACCUUGCAACUGUUCUUGAUUGGAAAAUUCUAAAUGGCAGUUGCAAUGGAAGCUACUUUGAACGACACUAAUUCAUUGUCCGAACCAAAACCUUCGGUCAUAUACCGCUGCAAGAAAUGCCGUAGAAUUGUUGCAACAGAGGAGCUUAUUCUUCCCCAUAAACGUGGACAAGGACAAAAAUGCUUCAAAUGGAAAAAGAGAAAUGAUAAGUCGGAAGAUACGGGGGCAACUGAAUGCUCCUCUAUAUUCGUGGAGCCAAUGAAAUGGAUGCAAGCAGUGGAUGAGGGCUGCAUAGAGGACAAGCUUCAAUGCAUCGGUUGUAAAGCUCGAUUAGGUUCCUUCAAUUGGGCAGGCAUGCAGUGCAAUUGUGGCGCAUGGAUCAAUCCUGCCUUUCAGCUGCACAAAAGUCGUAUGGAUGAGUGCCAUGUUUAAGUUCCUCUUUACGGCAGUUUUGCCAUUUUACGUGUUGCAACAUAGUUAGGUCUGUCAUAACUAUGUGCUGGUUAAGGUUAAGGCAAUUUUGUAGAUGUUAAACGAGGAUGUCUGAUAAAAGUUUUUUUGGAACUCUUUCUCUGCAUUU